GCUGAUGAAAGUGAUUUGAGAAGCAGAGCAAGCUACGGUGCGCCUCGUACGGUUUUUUUUCCUGGGCUCACCUCGUCGGGUUUUACGGCGGAUGCACGCUGGUAUCGCAACAUCAGAGCUCGUUGAGGACGCACGGAAAGUUCACCUCCAAGUCUCUCAGUUUGUGCGUGUGCGUGUGUGUGUGUGUAUGUGUGAAUUCGCGCUCAUGUGUGCUCAGUCUGCCUGUCUAAUAGAGUGACCCCCCAGCUCGCUGUUUAAAGGGAAGACAAGAGAGCUGAGUCAACGAAUCACAAGGAGAAGGAUGCAACAGUUGAUGUGCGCAAGUUGCACAGUUUUCUUAUAUUUGGAGACGGCCCGCACACAAUGAGGAUGGUGGCUUUGAACUGUGCUGAGGAAGGAUCGGAUGUUUUGUUGCUUUAAACCUCCUCAUCUGUCAGAUAAACUGAAAAUUAAACAGAGAGAUCCGCGCGUCUAAGAAAAGCAGUGGUUGUAGACUGUCGACACGCGCGUCUUUCUUACCAAAAUGGACAUUUGGACAGAAAUGCAUUUGAAAGGACUUCAUGCCCUGCUGGAAUGGAGUUGAAGCGGGGAUUUCGGAUGAUCUGCGGCGGUCAGUAGCAGUGCAGUCUGCACCAAUAUGCAUCGGAUUCUGCAGAGGAGGCGAGUGCGCAAGCUGCGGGUCGUCUGGGCUUCUCUGGCCCUGGUGGCUCUGUCUCUGGCCGCAUGCAGCGCGCUCUUUACGGCGUGGACUUGGCGACAGACGCGGGACCUGUCGCAAUCCUUCAAGAUCCUGCAGGACCGCCUGGAGCAGGUCAAUACACAGAGGAAGGCCAUCGUUCAGCUCAUUCUGGAGAAGAGAGAGCUACUGGUGGGGCAGCGAGUGAAGAGAGAUGAGAGGACGGUGAGAGGGAGGAAUGGAAACGGAAAGAAAGCGGCGUCUCAUUUUGAGAUAACCAGACUCUCCUUUCAGCAAGUGGGAGAGGGUGGUGUGAUAAAGGGCUGGGAAGAGAGGACAUUGAAUAUGAGUAAGGCAGUGAGGUACAACAAGGAACAAGGCACCUUCACUGUGGAGAAAGCGGGCGUCUACUUCCUGUUCUGCCAGGUGUUGUUCAACGAGCAGCAGUCUCAGUAUGUGAAGCUGGAUGUGGUGACCAGCGGCCUGAGUCCUCAGAAGCUGCAGUGCAUGGAGGGUUACGGGACCACCCCCUCCGCCGGGCCCCACCCUUUCCACUUCCUGAAGCCUUGCCAAGUGUCCGGCCUGCUGCGACUGGACAAAGGCACAGAGCUGCAGGCCAUCACGGGCUCGUCCUUCAAACUCCACACUGUGGGCAAUCGUUCAGCCUCGCCACACAUCUUCAGCAUCUUUAAAGUCAACUGAAGCUUGGAAAUUUUUGACUUAAUCUCAUCUGAGAACAACAAUUACUUUGUGUGGAUGAGAUACUUUUUUUUCUCUACGUGGUAAAACAUUUGUAAGCAUCGUGGGCAUCACAUUGUGUGCCGUGGCCUCUUCCCAAAGACGUUAAUUUGAAAGACAAACCUGACAUUUGUGGAAGUUGUUGUGGAAUUUUUUCCUCUGGACAGCGGUAACGUUUUGGAACGUGAAACACAGACUUUUGGAUUAAAACCAAGACCCAAAGUGGACAAAAUUCCUCGAUGAAUGUGUGCCGAGACAACAGAUGUGAUGGAAGCUGUUCUGUAGAUAAAGGGCUUCAUAUAAAAAGAAAAAAAAUACUCGGAUGUUCAUCUUAGCCUUCAUAUCAUGUAAUAAAUUGUGCUUACACUCUCUUUAUUAGACUGAAAGUAAAGCUGUGCAUGCACCUUUCACUUUUAUAUCACCGGUGCCUCAAAGAAGCUACGAGCACGUCUGCAAGCGUCAGAUCUCGACACUAUAAACAGCCUACAUGAGUUGUCAGUGAUAUUUUAUACAAUGCAGUGUAUGUGUGUGUUUGUGAAAUCUAAUGAACCAAUUCUUUUUGAUACUGAUUUUAUGAUCAUUACAAUGCAACAUGUGUCUGAGUGUGAAAUUCCUGCCUUUAAAUACUUUGUAUAUACUUCACAUUUUUAUGUAUAUAUAUUUGCAUAUCAAGUCAUGAGCUGGCAAAGAAGAAGGGGGAACAUUUUAAAUAACAUUGAUGUGAAUUUGAUUGCGAGGCAUUGUUAUAGUGUAGUAACAGCUUUAUUUUUGGAGAGUCGCUGCAAGUUAUAAAUAAGUAAAGCGUGUAGCUUCAAGUAAAGCGUGUAGCUUCAACUUUCCUGCCUUCGUUAUCUGUUUGAUGACACAGUAGCCAUCACUUCCGAGCUGUCUUGUAAACCAUCAGCAUUGAGAGUCAAUAUUGAAAUAGCACUGGGAGAGGCCCUCAUAUGUCCAGAGCUAUAGUAUCCUUGAUUUUCUGAUUCUGACGACAAUCAUAAUGAAAAGUCUUUAUAUUAUAUAUAAGAAUAGUCUUAAUAUAAGCCUCACACAAAACAUUCACUUGCCAGGAGAGCCUACGGUGGUGCUUUGAGCGAAGUGCUAUCGUCAGCAUGCUGACAUGCUCACAAGAGACAAUGUUAACAUGCUGAUCUGAUCGGCAGGUACAAUAUUUGCCAUGUUCACCAUCUUAUGUUAGCGUGUUAGCGUGCUAACAGUUUGCUAUUUGGCACUAAACACAGAGUUAAACUGCGGCUGAUGGGAAUGUUGUUAGUUUUUGGAGUCAGUGGAGAAAUUAAAAUUUUGACGGGAGAUGAUGGUGCUAGAAAAGGUCAUUAUGGUUCAUCCUCUGGGGAACAGAGGAUGAGGAAUGUUCAUACCAAAGUUUCAUGUCAGUUCAUCAAACUGUUGUUGGACCAAAAUGGCGAAUUGAGCCACAGUGUUCGUCUCACUAAAAUAAUUCGUAUUUUGUAUGUUGUUUGUUGCCCUUCCUCGAUUUGAAUCAGUUUCUCAAAAUCAGAAAUAAAAAGUCUGUCUCAAGUGAAGCACAACUCCGAAAUAAUCCGCCCCUUGCACCCACGAGUCUGAGAAAUCACUCUGCUGUUUAUUGUCAGUGGAGCAGAUCUGGGUUAAAUACACAACUCGAUAACCUUGCAGACCAUAACUAGAAAGUUUUGUUUUCUGAUUUAAGAAAGACUGCCACACUAAGCUCAUGACUGUUGCUCUCAUGUGUUUCUCAGUCACAUUGUAAGACUGUCGCUUCUUUAUUUUUUAGCUCUUUUUUAGAAAUGAAACUCCUUGCGUUCUCUCAUACGCUGCUGCUGCUGUUGCUUUCUGUAAUAUUCCCUGCUACAAUACAAACAGCGUGUAUUUCUAGCAGUGGGUUCAGCACUCCCACUCUUGUUUAUAAGUAGUUUUUGUGGACGGACCACAUUGGUUUCUCCUCAGCACUUUACUGCAGCAAAUGUAGUUUUUAAUUGGAGCCAAACGUUCAUGUUUUCGAAUGGAAAAAAUGUCAGAAUUUGAAAAGUGUAGACAUUAGAUCCUGUUUGAUUUCCUCAUCGUUUUCCUCUUCCCUUCUGUGGCUCAGUCAUCCCCACCACCACCGCCACUGCCACCACCCCCGUGCACCUCAUAUUUCCCUGUCAGCACCGAUUAGACCGCACGCGCACACACACACACACACACACUCUAAAUCCCUAGCGUCCUUUGCAUAUACACAUGAGCAGCCAUCUAAAUUUUCACUUCCUGAAUCUGAACCUGAACCACAUAGCUGAAGGUCUUUGUGUGUGUGUGUCUGUGUAUGUGUGUGUGUGUGGAGGGACAAGGGGCAUGUUUUUCAUCACACACACACACACACACACACAGAAUUUUACACACUUCCCUGCCCCAAUUCCUAUUUUUUGAAAUGUCAAAGUUUAUUACCACCUCGGAAAAUCUCGUGAAGUCUUCUGAAGAAGUUCUUUGUAAAACGAUGAUGUAUGCAAUGCGAUUAUUUCUCAACUCACUCAGCAUAAUGUUGAAUAAAGUUUUUGUUGUGGUUG